CGCGCUCUCGCGAGGCGCUCGGGACCGCCGCGGAGGCGCGGGCCGGGCCGUGGCGGGCCGGGAGAGCCGAGCCGAGAAAUUUGAUGGUAAAAGGCCCGACGUGCAGAGGCCAUGGGUUUGUCCGCAUCCUCCCCGGCUGCUACAGAGCAGUCACCAAAUGCAUCCAGGCAGUACCAGGCGGCGUCUCCACCUUCAGAAUGUCCCAUGCAUCAGGAAAAAAUGAGCGGUUGUCCAAUGCACAUGAAGACUGCUGAUCAUAGAACUGAGAACACAGAUGAUGUUCCUGCACAUCAAGAAAGAGCUUAUGAGUUUGUAGCAUGUCCUGUGAAGUCUGGUGCAUCUCAAAUGAAAGAUGACAUAGAUCCCAGCAAUAUGAUGCCUCCUCCCAAUCAGCAGCCAUCUCCAGGUCAGCCAUUUCCAUUGUCAACUGUUAGAGAAGAAUCUUCCAUUCCUAGAGCAAAUUCUGACAAGAAAUGGGUCUACCCUUCAGAGCAAAUGUUCUGGAAUGCUAUGUUAAGAAAAGGGUGGAGGUGGAAAGAUGAUGACAUAACAAGUGAAGACAUGACCAACAUUAUUAAGAUUCAUAAUCAAAAUAAUGAGCAAGCUUGGAAGGAGAUUUUGAAGUGGGAAGCUCUACAUGCUGUGGAAUGUCCAUGUGGGCCAUCACUGAUGCGGUUUGGAGGCAAAGCAAAGGAGUACUCGCCAAGAGCCAGAAUACGUUCAUGGAUGGGGUACGAGCUGCCCUUUGAUCGGCACGACUGGAUCGUUGACCGCUGUGGGAAGGAGGUGCGCUACGUCAUCGAUUACUACGACGGCGGAGCAGUGGACAAGAACUACCAGUUCACCAUCCUGGACGUGCGCCCUGCGCUGGACUCGCUCUCGGCCGUCUGGGACAGAGUGAAGGUGGCCUGGUGGCGCUGGACUUCCUAACUGCCCCUGUGGUGUGUACUUGAAAAGUAACCACUUUCCUCCUAGACAAUGGACGUGUGGAUACCAGGACUUGAGACAGAAGUUCACUGCAGCUGUCAUUGCUGUCAUCAUCGCUGCUGUUCUCUGGGGGUGGGAAGGGAGGACAGGGAAAUUUCUCCGUAAGUACACCAAUGAUUUGUGGUGUUUCAAAUGGAAUAAUAAAGUUACAGUGGCAAAAACACGUAUCUUAAUUUUCUUAAGAACUGGGAAGCCUUUCGUACUUUGUCUCAGAUUCUGCAUAAGCUUGCCUUCUUUUCAUUUCAUGACUUUCAGUGCUGCUCCAAAUACAUUGCAAUUCUGAUUCUGACUGGAGUUUUGAGUAUUAUGAUUAUUGAAAACUGGAAAUUUCAUAAAUUAUUUCAUAUAUUUAAAGUAGUUGGAUACCUCCAUGCUGAAUAAAGGGUAAAAGGUC